AUGGAGGAUUCUACCACCCGCCCAGAAACCCCAAUGACUCCUCGUAGAAAUGACCAGCAAGAUGCAGCAUUGGGAACACCAUUCCUCGGAAGGAUAUUUGGGCUUCCUAACAACAGAGUGAAUGCUACUCCAAGGCCACAUGUAUCCGAACAAGAAACAACAACACCUAUACAGGCUGCUGAAAUGCCAACGACACUGAGUCAGCGACCAAGCAGGGCUUCGAGCAUCGUGUCGACGAUGACAAGCUCUACGAUUGCUACGCUACAAGAUGAUGCUCGAAGUACUCGAAGCGUUCGAAGCGUUGACAUUUUGCUAGGCGGAAAGCUCUUUCAUAUCAAUCGGGAUGGGUCGAAGAUAUCCGUCUCAGCAGAUAGUGACCUACCUCCAUAUUCUCCCCCAGUCCCGGCUUACACACCUUUCAGCGGUCAGUUAAAUGCUGGGACCCAAGAUGACUCGCAACCGCCUGAACCAGCUACUCCCACUGGGCCUACACCAAUGCGUGUUCCUUCACCAACGCGUGCGCUUGCGCUUGCGCCUGCACCUUCGCCUACGCCUGCGCCGACACAAAGAAGCCGCAUGCAUAUUCCCUUUUGGAUGGAUAGGCCCCGUCAUCGACGACAAUCGUCAAGUAUAUCCCAGGACAAUGUUAGAGCUUCUCUAGGACUACUAAAUUCAAACUCGAUGUUUGAUUUAUCAAAGUUACCAAGCGCAAACCGAUCUAAUGCAGAUUCGGAAACUCUGGAUGAGAAUGGUGUCUAUCGCAGCCCAUCAUUCAACCCUGGACCAGAAAGGAUAUCUGUUGUUCCGACAAGACGAUCUGCCUCUCAGGGCAAUAUAGCAACAGAUAAUAUACAUUCUCUUCCUGAGAGUAAGGAUGCAAGCUACCUUAGGCGGAGGAACGGUGUUCGACUCCCCAAACUUUUCACCAGUUUAGCCAAUAUUCAAUUUGGUAGUUCAUCCGAUCAAGAGCAAGACCAAGACACCACUUCAUCCGGUGAUCAUAUAACACAUUCAGCGGGGCCCAGCUUUGGUUCACGACAGAGAAAAUUCUCACAAUCGCCAGAAUUUAUAGCACACGGUACUAGCAGUGGAUUUCUGACCCCUUCGUACUCGACACACCUAUCGCCAAAUGACGGACCCUAUCAUCACAGCUCAUCGCUGCCAAAUAUCCCCACACAUUCUCUAGUUGUCCCCCAGAGCCCCGCAAAAGUCGAAGAAGGCCAUGCAGACACAGAAACUCCGCCUCCAAUGGAAGAUGAAAAUGACGUCAGUAUCCACUACACCCGUCUAAUCCGCAGCAUAGACCGUGAUCACCGCAAGGCGCUGCAUGUGCGGGAUCAGGAACUGGCUACGAUGCGGGAGCGGCUGAACGAUAUCGAUCAGGUAUACCGCCAGGAGUUGAGAUCGCGAGACUUCACCAUUGACGAUUUGAGGCAAAGACUGGAGAAUCUUCAGAAGCAGAUGACGGAGAGUAUCGAGCGGGCGAAGAAUGAGGUUGACGAUAUGUGGGAGAUGCGGUGGAAGGAUCGGGAUCGCCACCUUGUGGAACGCAUGAGGAGGAUUGAGAUUGAGAGUCAGAUACAGGUUGAGAAAGCUGUGGCGGACCGCGACGAGGAGUGGGCGGCGGAGUGGGAGAAGAGGAAUAGUGUGCUUUUGGAACGGUUGAGGAUUGCUGAAAGUCGCUCUGCGGGUCAGAGCUUACGCACUCCUUAA